ACUGACACUGACUGAAGUGGAUGUUUUAAUGUCACCAGCAGAGCCCAAGACCAGAGAUGGAUUCUUAAGAUGUUCACGUAAAAUCACACUGGAUCCAAACACAGCAAACACACGUCUGUUAUUAACUGAGGGAAACAGAGAAGCAACAGUAAUGAUUGUACAAUCGUUUUUUCCUAGUCACCCAGACAGAUUCGCUGAUUGGUGGCAGGUCCUGAGUAGAGAGAGUCUGACUGGACGUUGUUACUGGGAGGUGAAGUGGACAGGGACAGGAGUUGGAGUAGCAGUUGCAUACAAGGAUAUCAGCAGAACAGGGGACUGGAAUGAAAGUCGAUUUGGAGGCAAUGACAAAUCUUGGGCAUUAUAUUGUGACCAAAACAGUUAUAAAUUUUGGUACAACAUCAGCCAAACUCCCGUCUCAGGUCCUCAGUCCUCCAGACUUGGAGUGUACCUGGAUCACACAGCAGGUAUUCUGUCCUUCUACAGCGUCUCUGAAACCAUGACUCUCCUCCACAGAGUCCAGACCACGUUCACUCAAGAGUAG